UGACACACUACCAUUGAUGUCGUCUGAAUCUGGACUGGAUCACGUGAUAUCUGCAAAGUCAUCUCCGAAGAUCUAUCGGAAAGACGGAAUGAACCCAUGACUGAAAUUAAAAAUUAUGUGUAGUAUUUAGAGUGUCUGGCGAGACUUUCAGUAUGUUUCAAGUGUUUAUUGAGUUCAAUUUAGUUUAAAUACGAAUUUUACUCGAAUUCACACAGAUCGUAAUUUUUUUCCGGUUGAAUUUAUGUAUACUCGAAUAUUAAACGACUUGAUUCUUCGAUGCGUGGUCCUUCAUAUUCGCUUAAGUUUCCGAGCGUCCCUUUGAAUGAAAACGUGUCGAUUAAGACUUGGGAUAUGUUUGUUUUUGUUUAUCGGAGUGAGUUGAUGCUGUUUGUUGUUUUGUGGCAAUGUGAGAAUGAUGAAUUGGCUUGCGAAAAGGUGUAUUGCCGGAAAUUCGUUCACCCGGCUGUUCCUUGAUGGGUGUUCAAAGCGUGAACUGCAAUUCCUGUGGAGGGUGAAAUGCAGUCGCUCUCUCAGGAAAUCAGGGAUACCUGAGAACGUUCUGAAGUUACACAAAUAAAUAUCUUUGCUUACUUGGCAAAACAGUAAAAUAGCAUCGGGCCUGAAUACGGAAUAUCGCAACGCGCAUAUAAUAUUAUCAUAUCAUCUCACAUUUGAUGCGCAUUGAUGAAAUCCGCACCUUGAUAUGAAACAUGAUUGGCCGAGGAAUCAAGCGAAUGUGAUUGGCUGAGGAAAAUGUUGCUUUGAUAUGAAAUGAUGAGACACUAAAAGGUGAUCUAUGUUGCAAAAUAUCAAUGUUAUGUUGUUUUGGAUAAUAAAUUUUUGUCUAUAAUUCUCAAAUUUUAUUGGAUUUGGUUGGUCCAGGCUGUAAGAAUAGUGCGAUCGGUCCUUUUCAGUCAUUUGUCCUUAAAAAGUUGUAUUUGAGUAAAUAGCAAUCAGUGUCAAUGGGUUUGUGAUUGCGAAUUGAAAUUGAUUACAUCAAAAAUCGAUUAAACCAUUCGAAUUGAUUUGUUCUAAUUGUCGCUCUACAAGUCGACAUUAGGAAUAAAUUCCUACUUUGAUUUAUUUAUUGCCUUCCACAAAGAUGGAUUACAAUUCACCAUCGCUGGUAAACAGCACUGGCAAUCAUUACUCUUCCCAAAUUUCCCCAAUUGACGUGUCAAACUCUUCAAUCACGCAAACCGCCCAAAAUACAAACAUUAAUAUCACAAACAACACCUCAGCUAACAACCUCUCUGCCUACUCCUCCUCCAAGCUCAACCCGAAUUCGGUCACCCCCACCUCGUGCGGACAAAAUAUCUCCGCCGAACCCACUUGCUUGGGCGAGUUGUCCUACAGUAGUCCGGCAUCGAACCCGAAUAUCAAAAUUGAGAAUUCAAAUUUCAUUCCAUCUCCAGUUGUUAAAAGCGUAACUUCAAACUUUGGAUCUCACGGGUACCACAACCUAACUCCGACUCCGUCAUUUUACUCAAACUAUCACAAUUCUAACCAAUCUGGCUCCAAUUAUAACAUUUACACCAAUGGGCUCAACUCCAACUCAACAUACAAUCUCGGUUCGGCGCCCUCCAAUUACUUGCCCGGAAACGAGACUAAUCCUCAAAGUUACUCGAAAUCGGCAAGUUAUGACUUCGGAUCCGCGGGAGCCUACGUCUCUUCGGACCUGCUCUACCCUUCAAACACAAUUCUGCACGAGUAUUUUUUCCCCAAUAACAACCCUCAGUACUACAGCUACCCUUCCACGGCUAACAAUGGGCACGCACAACAAGCAUAUCCCACUAACGUCUUGUCCAACUACAUGGCCAGAGGUGGUACUAACCCUGGUUCUCAGACACACGCGCCAACUGCGGCCGUAAACAUAAAUGUCAGCUGUAAUAUAGCGGGAAACGGACCCACUUCCAUGAGUCCCGAAGAACACUCGAGUUCGCAGACCACUCCACAUGGCGGGAACCACUCGGAACAUACGACAUCACCAGUAGCCAAGUACAACACACAUACAAGCCCUGUAUACGACUACAUAGAUGAUAUGAAACAAUCCAACUUUGCCAAUAUUUGCAAUAACAAUCCAAUGUAUCCAGGAACUAUUCCCCACGAGACGUCGCCGGAAGCUGUAGGAUACCCUUCUGGCUUGCACAUGGUUGAAUCGGACUACAUGAAGACGGUCCCAGGGUCACAAGAAACUAGAAAACUCGGUAUUCAGGGGGGUCACUUGUUGGGAUCCGAGGGUAAACUAGGCUCGGAAAUGGUGGUGACCCAUCACCCUCACGUGGCAAAUGCGACCAUAUCAAAUGCUGCUGCUAAUCAUGUGGCACAUGCUGCAAAUGGAACUGCCGCUGUCCCUCCCUUCUCUUGGAUGAAGAUCAGAAGGAACCAGUCACACAACUUAUGGGGCAAAAGCGCAUCUCUGACACAAUACCACGCGGGUGCAGCUGGUACGCACUUAGCCAGCGGAUGUCACCUGGGACCAGGAGUGCAAACCAGGGGAGGGAGGACGAACUUCACAAACAAACAGCUGACAGAACUGGAAAAGGAGUUUCACUUCAAUAGAUAUCUUACACGAGCUAGGAGGAUCGAGAUAGCUACUUCGCUGACCUUGAAUGAGACUCAGGUCAAGAUAUGGUUUCAAAACAGAAGAAUGAAGCAGAAGAAACUGCUUAAAGAAGGAAAAUUGAGCUAAAGUGGAAAAUGCUCAGUUCGGAUCAGCUACGGCUCGAAAAUGGCGCAAAAGAUGCUUAACUAGAAGUCGAAGGUGUAACAGAAUUUUUAUUUGACGUGGAGUCAUUUUGUAUUAAUUUGUAAUUACUACAAUUGCUGCAGCUUUUGAUCAAACAACUGAGUAGAAUCCAAAGUUUUAGGUUUGUAUUCUGUCAUCUUAGUAAUUCUCACUGAUGUUCACUGAUAAACCUAACUGUUUAUGAAUGAUAAAUUAUAAUAUAUUUUUGUUCGU